CUGUAAAUCAAAUACAGAUCCAAUUUUAGAGCAUUACAUUCCUCUAUAUAAAUUGCCACUUUCUGAAAUCAAAGCGUGUCCAGAGUCAUCUGCUAUUUAUUUUGAUCAAUUUGAAGUUUUCUAGGAUUCUGAUGUUGAGAUGGUGACUCAGUCACUCACUCUGUGGGCAGUGAGCAAUACUCUGCUUGAAGCUGGAUAGUGCUACAGAGAUGACAUCAGCUAGUAAUACUGGCUGGAACCCGACACUGAGUUCCUGUACAUCUGAUUACGUGAGCCAUGAAUCACCAGCCGGUCCAUAAACACUAGGGGAGCAGAGGAACAAAGUUACGCAUGGACAGACACAAAUAACUGGAGUAACUCAGCGGCACAGGCAGCAUCUCUGGAGAGAAGGAACAGGUGACGUUUUGGUCUGAGACCCUUCUUCAGAAGUCACUCACGGGUUGGGUUAAAGUCACUUUUAAUGAAGAAUCGGGAUUAGUAGACUGCCUUUGUCCUGAACAGCUCCAGUGGACCUCCAGCUCACUGCCCGACUGAAACAUCUGCCUUUAGACUUCAGAAUCACUGACUUGCAAGAGGUACAAGAGUCAACAUGAGCUUCCACAUAUCCUGGGCAGUUGUGUCCAUAGUUCUCAAUGCUUUGCUAUCUUCUGGAGUGCAGCCAAUGGGAAAUCAUUCUACAACCCUGGAGCUUUCGAACUAUCUAAUGGCCAACUACUCCAAGGCAGUCCGACCAGUGCGGGACUGGAGGAGAACAACAACAGUGGCCAUCGACUUGAUGGUGUACGCCAUCCUAAACGUGGAUGAGAAAAAUCAAGUUCUAACCACAUAUAUCUGGUACCGACAGUUUUGGACAGACGAGUUCUUGCAGUGGGAUCCACAGGAUUUUGACAACAUCAUUCAGUUAUCAAUUCCCACAGAAAAUAUUUGGGUGCCGGACAUUUUAAUAAAUGAAUUUGUCGAUGUAGGUAAAUCUCCAGAUAUUCCGUACGUUUACGUCAACCACGAGGGUCAAGUGAAGAAUUACAAACCUAUCCAGGUGGUCACUGCCUGCAGCCUGGAGAUCUACAGCUUUCCAUUCGAUGUCCAGAACUGUACCUUCACCUUUACUAGCUGGCUACACAACAUUCGGGAUAUCAACAUCUCUCUGCUGCGAUCACCCGAGGCUGUGAAAUAUGAUCGGAGCAUCUUCAUGAACAAAGGGGAAUGGGAACUUCUCUACAUCAACACACAAUUCAACGAAUUCAACCUGGAGCGGGAAGUGACCAAUGAUGGCUAUGCAGAAAUGCGUUUCUAUCUGGUCAUCAGAAGACGGCCCUUGUUUUAUGCCGUCAACCUGCUGCUGCCCAGCAUCUUGUUGAUGCUCAUGGACAUCAUUGGCUUUAAUUUGCCUCCAGAUUGUGCAGAGCGAGUCUCCUUUAAAAUCACCCUUCUCUUGGGCUAUUCCGUCUUCCUGAUCAUUGUAUCCGAUACCCUUCCAGCCACGGCAAUUGGCACGCCGCUGAUAGGCGUGUACUUUGUGGUGUGCAUGGCCUUGCUGGUCAUCAGCCUGACAGAGACUAUUUUCAUCGUACGAUUGAUCCACAAGCAGGACCUCCAGCCACAGGUCCCUGAAUGGCUCAAGCACUUGGUUCUGGAAAAGGUCACCGUCUGGUUCUGUAUCCCCAACAAAAAGCCGCCCAGCCCUGCACUGCCGUACGACAGGAAACACAACCCUGCAGUGGCGCAGAUUGGCUGCAGGAAUGAAGCACCAUGCAACGUGUCCGAUGAGCCAGGACCGCCCGUGUCAGACUCGCUGCAGGGAGUAGACUGUAUCCUGCAUGAGGUGUCAGCCAUCCGCCACUUCCUGGAGAAGCGGGAACGGUUCAGGGACAUCGCCAAGGAGUGGCUGGAGGUGGGAUAUGUGUUGGAUGUUCUCCUCUAUCGUGUGUAUCUGCUGGUGGUCACAGUCUACAUCAUUAUCCUCAGCAUCCUGUGGUCUGUCUGGCAACACUCCUGAAUCAAAGGAUCGCAACCCACCUAUUACUGUCCAACCAGCAAGGUACACACUUGAGGGUUUGCGUUCUACCUUGUCUUGCAUCGUUAGAUCAUUGACAGUUUGGGAACAGGCCCGUUGGCCUUUCACUCCCACGUCGAGUGAUGUUCUACACCCCUACUUUCCUCAAACCCCUUCCGCACAAGAUCCUUCCCUUUCUCCACACAUGUUAAUCCAACACAUAUAUCAAUGGCUUUAAUUGUUAACGUAUUUUCAACAACCAUAGCUAAGAAUAUGUCACUCGCACUAAAGAUGCAAUAUAUUAGCAGCUGUCCAAUGUCAUCAGAUUCCAAAAUUCUUGCAUUAAUUGGAAUGGAAUUUUGAUGAUGGCUCCCACAGCCACCACUACAUCAUGCGUUUAGUCUUGGGUGAUGCUGGACCUCCUCAUGGAGAAACCAAAUUUAAUUAAGGCCCAUCUGAUGAGGCACCCAGAGGUAACUGAACAUGUGGAGCCAAUUUCUCACCCAAUGAGAUGGGUUGAAUGAUUCCCCACUGAUUUAUGGAUGAAGCUGAAAUUGUUCUCGUGCUCACGGGCAAAGAGCGUUACUGACCAUUGUCAUCGUAUCAGCCCCUUUGGGACAUUGAAGCAACAGUGGAUUAAAUCCUGCCUGGUUUUACUUCCUUCUUAAGCAUCCCAGAAGUGUAAUAUUAAAUAAAAGUGCCAUGUCUAAACGUCACAAUGAUUGGAUGAAGGCAGGAUGACUCAGGGGUGGGUUGCACUGUAAACACAAUCUGCUCUGAUUGGACCUUGUGAAACAUAUCACAUCAUAACCAACCAUUGUUCAUUUGUCUUUUCCUGGUUCCCACUCGAUAACUCCGCACCUUGUCCUGUACGAUAUUCCCUUCUCGCUCGCUAUGUUGAAAGUAAAAAGCAAAGCUGAAUCUGAAACUCAUUGGAACAAAAGGCCGCCAGAGGCUGUUCAACACAUUUGUGUGUCCCAAGUGUUGUGAAUCCACAGAGAUCUUAAUAAACAAAGCUGGUCCGACUGCCUUAAGCUGUUGAAUUAUUCUCCCAUUUUCCUGAUGCUUUCCCAUUGCCACUUUCAUUUCACUGCACAUCUCGUAUGUGUAGGUGACAAAUAAACUUGACUUGACUUGACUUGAAACACAAGAUUCUCCACUAAAAGUGAAGAACUAUUGCAAGUAGCAAUGUUAUGGCCAGUUUAUGGCUGUUUUCCCCAGGGGACCAUGUCAUGGUUCCAUUAGGUAUAUUUACAUUGAAGAUUCACAGAUACACAGACUAGAGAUGAAGAACACAGGCAGACCAAUCCUUCAUCCAACAUUCUGACAGAAGAAUAUUUAAUCAUUUCUCACGGAUCCCAUCACACCCUUUGCUUCUUUGAGCACGAUAUCUCAUUGUGGUGUCAAAUGUCCACAGUAGAGGGCAGUCACUGCUCAUACUCAAGAGAAUAUUCUCAUUUUCUUCUAUCAUUGCUUUAACACAACAACAGUUAGUAUUUGGCCUAUUCCCAUUGAGCAGGAACCAAGACUGGAGCAUCACCUCCAGCAGAUCACAGGCUCGGCUAUCAUGGGUCUCCAAACUCUGACCCCGAUCAAUAAUCAGAUACUUCAUGGACCCACAACAUCAGGUCAUCCAACCCCAUCAAGUACCAUCCCUUCUUCUCUCCCACAUAUGACUAGUUGUUUUCCCACAAAUACCUUGGUCACUCUAGGAGAAAAAGAUAAAUCCUCACCUGGACCUGCCAAAAAGCGUACAAGUUGUUACCUUGAGGCAAGAGGCUGUUAGUUGCGUUAACCCGACAGUAAUCAUUGCGUAUGGGUUUUCUCCCAACGCGAUGUCGGUAAGAUAUUUUACUCUGAUGAAGAUUGUAUAUGUCCCAUGUAUUCAACCAAGAACUGCUGAGUGUUUUGAUUGUCAUUGUUGCCCUGAAUGUUGUAAUACUCCAGCUAAAUAAACUGUGUCAAACAGCAA